AUGGCGCCUCUUAACAAAAAUGACAUGAGUAACCUCUCGUUCAUCCUCAACAAGCCCAACGAUGUGACGUUUGGCGAACGGCCCAAACCCAGCCUGUCGUCUCCGUUCGACGUGCUCGUGGCCGUGCGGUACACGGGCAUCUGCGGGUCCGACGUGCACUACUGGCAGCACGGAGCCAUCGGCUCAUUCGCGCUGAAGGGGCCGAUGGUCCUGGGCCACGAGUCGGCGGGGACCGUGGUCGAGGUCGGCGACGAGGUCAAGUCUCUGGCCAUGGGCGACUCCGUGGCCAUCGAGCCGGGGUACCCGUGCCGGCGGUGCAGCGAAUGCCUCGGGGGCCGUUACAACCUGUGCCCGGACAUGAAGUUCGCCGCCACGCCGCCGUACCACGGCACGCUGACGGGGCUGUGGGUGGCGCCGGCCGACUUCUGCUACAAGCUCCCCGAGCCGGUGACGCUGCAGGAGGGCGCCAUGAUCGAGCCGCUCGCCGUGGCGGUGCACAUCGUCAGGCAGGCGUCCGUCAGCCCGGGCCAGUCGGUCGUCGUCAUGGGCGCCGGCCCGGUCGGGCUCCUGUGCGCCGCCGUCGCGCGCGCCUUCGGCGCCACAAAGGUCGUCAGCGUCGACAUCGUCCAGUCCAAGCUCGACCUCGCCCGCAGCUUCGCCGCUACCCAUACCUACUCGUCGCAGCGCAUCUCGGCUCAGGACAACGCCAGAGCCAUCUGCGACGUCGCCGACCUCCCCGCCGGCGCCGACGCCGUCAUCGACGCCAGCGGCGCAGAGCCCUCGAUCCAGACCAGCCUGCACACCGUCCGCAUGGGCGGAACCUACGUCCAGGGCGGCAUGGGCAAGUCAGACAUCAACUUCCCCAUCAUGGCCAUGUGCCAGAAGGAGGUCACGGCCAAGGGCUCCUUCCGCUACGGCUCCGGCGACUACUCGCUGGCUGUCGAGCUCGUCGCUACCGGCAAGGUCGACGUCAAGAAGCUCAUCACCGAAGUCGUCCCCUUCACGCAGGCCGAGGAGGCUUUUAAGAAGGUCAAGGGUGGCGAGGCCAUCAAGGUGCUCAUCGCCGGACCCAAUGAGAAGAUCUAA